UUUAAGUCGAGUUUUCAAUAGAUGUAAACCGUGAGACAUUAACCAAUCAUACUUGAUUAUUAGCUGCACAUGCGUGAAUAAAAAGGACCAUGCAUUUCGUAAGAGUUAGCCAUCUAGUAAUAUAAAAGUCCAUGGACUAAGCAGAAUCCGCGAAUGCUUCAUGACUUCAUAUAUCGUAUAGAUUUGUACAUGUCAACAAUGCAGUUUAUUAAAGAUAAAUAAUAGUUAUUUAUCUUUUAUAUAUAUAUAUAUAUAUAUAUAUAGUUAUAUUAAAAUAAUUAAUUAAGGAAAUUAUCUAAUCACAGUGUAACUUAUCUUAAAAUAAUAUGAUUACUUCGUAUAUAUUAUUGUUUGCCGGUUUGAUUGGCAUCAUAACAUGUAAUAAUUCAUACAAUGAUUUCUUCGACGAGGAAUUAAUGUUAAAACCUUUACCAAGCAAUCACAUUUAUGCUUAUUUUCAAUUCACCACGAUAUGGAACACAGAUAAGCAUAUAGAAACACUUCAACAUUCGCAUCUAUUUCCAAGAGGAUUGGGUGAAAUCAUAGCUCGUCAUAAUAUCGAUGAGUUACAUGUUACUUUGACAGAAGGCUUAUGGAAUUAUCAAAAAUGGGGAUAUCCAUUUCAUGACGCUGGACCUGGUGCUGAAAUUACUGCCUGGUUUAAUAAAAAUGUAACAAACAUAGACAAAGAAUGGAAAGGUCUGACAAAUGCUUUAGCUGGAUUACUUUGCGCAUCUCUAAAUUUUAUUGACAUAUCUAAUAGUAUGUCACCAGAGUUUACCUUCCGUCCUACUGGAUUAGUUAUGAAUGAACUAACAAAUGCUAGUUAUUUACGUUAUUCAUCGCUACCAAAGGAAAUAGUUUGUACUGAAAAUCUAACACCAUAAAAAUUGUUACCAUGUGAUUCCAAGAGAGGUCUAGCAACAUUGCUAAAUUCUGCACAUAUUCAUAAUACAAAUUAUCAUUCUAUUGGUAUACAUUUUCGAUCAAUAUGUGGUGAUACAAGUUGCACAAGUACUUCUUUAGAACUGCGACAGACUGUCUCUUUAAUAUAUGACAUAAUGACAGACAUGAAUCAAGAUUGGUCGAUACGAAAAUUUUUCGGAAUGGGGCUUCAAGGUGCAUGUCCACUUGCAACAUCAAGUAAUAUAUAUGUCGAUAUAUCGAGUAAUAAUACGAAUCAUGUAUAUGAAUUAACACCACCACCGAGUGCAAAAAUUACUAGCUUACGUGGAGGACAGCAGAGCAAAAUAGCAGUAUAUGAUGUCAGAAUUCAUACUAGUACAGGAAUUUUUAAUAUUGCUGCUAGGCAUAAUGUGCCAACUAAUACUAUAAAUUAUCCUUCAAUUCUCUAUGCAAAUAGAUAUAUUAUUGGGUAUGGUCAAGAAAGAGGCAGUUUAGUGACUAAAUUAUAUAACAAUCACUGGCAGACAUUAGACGUGAUCUUAUUGGAAAAUAUUCCAUGGUACUUAUUAGUUUACUUUCAUUCUGUUACAAUAACUCAAAAAGGACAACAAGUUCGUCCAUUGGCGCAGCGUUAUUUACCUGGAAAGGAAAGAAAAAGCCCAUAUUAUUUAGAAUUGAUGUUGCGCCUACCUCCGUAUUCGGUGAUGAAAAUCACUAUCGAUAUAGAUUACUUAUUUCUUAAAUGGCAGGAAUAUCCACCAGACGCUAAUCACGGUUUUUACAUGGGACCAGCCAUAAUUACGGCUUUGUUACCCACAGCUAGAAAUUACACCGCUCUGCCGCUCGAUGGAAGUACAAUCACUUCAAGCUUCAACGCUUCGAGAGACGACUAUUUAGUACAAUUGCGAACAGAGUCCUUGCUCAUCAGUCUUCCGACUCCAGAUUUCAGUAUGCCUUACAAUGUCAUAUGUCUUGCAUGUACGGCGGUCGCAUUGGCAUUUGGCCCGCUUCACAAUAUUUCCACGAAAAGAUUGGUCUUAAAACGCAUCGAGAAGGAUUGGAAAAGUAAAUUGUUUGCCUUCUUCGUAGAAAAAGUAUUUAGAAUGAAAAGAAAACAAGAAUAAAGACUAUAAAUGUGAAGUGUAUUAUAUUUCUCGUUUAAAUAAAUAUUCAUGAGUUCUUUGUUUAUUAAA